AUGUCGAUCGCUGAAAUCGUAUCUCAACGUGUUCAACAAGCAUUUCCAGAUGAAAACAAAAGAACUCUCAAAGCGGCUACUGUCAUCGUGAACGUUGGACGUCUAAUUCCGCCAAGUUAUGUUUAUCCAUUACCACCCCUUUGUACAAGUGAAGAACGGCUUCACUUUAUAUCUUUCAUUUUAAAAAAAGAAACCGGUAUUGAUUACUCAGUAGACGAAGUACUCGUUGCUCAUAAUGUACUGAUGGGUAGUGAAAAUGUUCAGCAACAAUUGAAUUUUGAUUUCAAUAUUGGAACAAUACAACAUUAUUUAGAUGAAUAUAAACUUGAACAACCUCGAUCUACAUUCGCGAGAAGUUUUAGUCCUCUUCUUCUAUUUCCACAUCGAAUCGUAUGUAAUAUAUGCGAUGCACAGCUGAAAACUAUUUUCCAAUCUUAUGGUCAAGUCGUUUACUGUACAAAAGUUCAAUCGUGUCUUCUUUACAAAGCUGAUUGUCAUGUAUGUCGACGAUCAUAUCGUGUCUCAUCUGUUUACUUGAUGGAUCAGAAGCAAACACUCGUCACUGCUGAAUCGCAAAUGUCUGAUUUUAUACAUUUUUCUGGCUCAAUCGUUUUUUCGAAAGAGAUUCUCAUCUCCUUUUCUUCACAACUAAUUGACGAUUAUGCUACUUUUGAAGGCUUUGCCUCUGCUACAAUUAAAGUCUUCAAUAGACUCCAUCCUAACAGAACGGAUCAUAUCAACGCUGAUGGUCUUGCUCGCAAUUUAGAAGCUGUUUGGCUAUAUUAUGAAUUGACAAAUUUCAUAUUCAUGACCAGUAAAGCAAAGGAUAUUCGUUUUCCGUAUGCCAUGAGUGAAGGUCGAACUAGAAUCAAAAGCCAACAAUCAUUAAGAGCAAUAUUUAUUGAAAGAAACCUCAAUUGGAUUUACCAUAUAUUUACAACUUUUUGGUCAAAUCAUGAAAUCGUAUUUGGCUCUUGUAAAUGUGGAAACUGCUCGAAAGUUAUGGUUAUUGAUGGUCAUCAGAAACCGUAUGUUUUUUUUCCAUAA